AACUACUUAAUAUUCCCUCUCUCUCUCUCUCGAUUAAUUUUCUCCUCUCACUCAAGAGUCCAUACUCUCUCUCUCUCCAUCUGUCUCAGUAAUGGAAAAUAUCGAGCACAAACAUGUGGAAGUAAGAGGACUCAAGCUUCACGUAGCUGAAAUCGGAAGCGGUCCAAAGGCUGUGGUUUUCCUUCAUGGAUUUCCGGAAAUAUGGUACACGUGGAGGCAUCAACUGGUUGCUUUGGCAAACAAAGGCUACCGGGCAAUAGCCAUUGAUUUCAGGGGCUAUGGACUUUCCGAGCAGCCGGCUGACCCUGAAAAGGACACCUUCAUUGACCUUGUCCACGAUGUCGUUGCCCUUUUGGAUUCUUUGGCCAUUAACAAGGCUUUUCUUAUUGGGAAAGAUUUUGGAGCAUUGCCUGCGUACUUAGUAGCUGCUCUCCACCCGGAGCGUGUAUCUGGUGUCGUUACACUAGGUAUUCCUUUCUCGCUACCAGGUCCCUCUGCUGUCCAAAAUCAUCUCCUUCCUGAAGUGUUCUACAUAUCAAGGUGGCAGGAACCAGGGAGGGCAGAAGCAGAUUUUGGUCGCUUUGAUGUGAAGACGGUGAUUAGGAACAUCUACAUUCUCUUCUCUAGAAGUGAGAUCCCAACAGCUGCUCCUGAUCAAGAAAUCAUGGAUUUGUUUGACCCUGCAACUCCUCUGCCGCCAGGGCUUUCGGAAGAAGAUCUUGAUGUCUACGCAUCUUUGUAUGAAAAAUCUGGAUUCCGUUAUCCAUUGCGAGUUCCAUACAGAACCUUGGCCGUGGAUUGCGGUAUAACUGAUCCCAAAGUCUCGGCUCCAUCGCUGCUGAUCGUGGGCGAGAAGGAUUACGUCUUAAAAUUUCCAGGGAUGGAGGACUACAUUCGCACUGGGGCGGUGAAGCAUUUUGUGCCGGAUCUGGACAUUACAUUCAUCGAAGACGGGAGCCAUUUUAUGCACGAACAACUUGCAGAGAAAGUUAAUCAGCUGAUCCUCACAUUCCUCGACAAGCAUGCUAUCUGAUGAGUAUCUGCUCAAUGAGCUCAAUGCGCCUGAGGAGCGAGGCAUGAUAAAUAAGAAGUAAUUAGAUUUAAAAAAAAAUGUGCUUCGCAAAGGUACUUGGCUACUUAUUUAUUUUUGUUAAUUAUCGAAUAUUUCGGAGAAGGUAUUCGAAUCCGGGACCUAUGAUAUAGUGAUAACUGCUUUAAACUCGAGCUAUAAAGCCCCACAUUUAUGACGUACUUCUUAAGUAAUAGAUGAUGGAUAAAUAUUA